UCAAACCGCAUACAGCAUACAAAUUGCCAUUGCCAAUUUCUGAAUUUCGUUGCAUUUAUUUAUCUAAAAAAGCCCAACAAGAUGCCGAAAACUAAAAAACAAGAAUCUUCUAGUGACAGUGACUCCGGGCCAGAUGAUACUCAUCCCCCGGCAAAGAAAUCCAAGGAGACAUCCGAUAGCAAUGACAGUAAAUCCAAGAGCAGUGAUAAAAAUACAAAUCAUUGGGUUUUGGAGAAGCAACGACAGGUUCGUAUUAAUGAAUUCAGAGGACGUAAAUUAAUAGAUAUUCGAGAGUACUAUGAAAAAAAUGGGGAAUCUUUGCCCGGCAAAAAGGGUAUUUCAUUAUCAGUAGACCAAUGGAAAAAACUUCUUGCAAUCGCCGAUGAAAUAAAUGGAGCAAUUGAGCGCGAAUAAAUUUUAAAUGUCCUUAUAUUAUUUGUAAUUGUUAAAAAAAUAAAUAUUUGUUUAUAAAUAAA